AGAUAAACUUUUUAGUGUUUAAUCAUUUCAGAGAGAAUGGCUGAAAACGUAAAAGAAGAAGGAAAGAUGGAAGAUAUUGAGAUUAAAGAAGAGACUCAGGAAGAAAUCCUUUCAUCUACAGUAGAGGAUGUGUAUACUGUAGAGAAUACAUGUACUGUAGAGGAUGUAUGUACUGCAGAGAACACAUGUACUGUAGAGGAUGUUUGUACCGUAGAGAACACAUGUACUGUAGAGGAUGUUUGUACUGCAGAGAACACAUGUACUGUAGAGGAUGUGUGUACCGUAGAGAAUACAUGUACUGUAGAGGAUGUAUGUACCGUAGAGAACACAUGUACUGUAGAGGAUGUGUGUACUGCAGAGAACACAUGUACUGUAGAGGAUGUAUGUACUAUUUAUGCAAAGGAGGAAGAUUUUAAAAUGAGAGAAGAUUUUAAAACGGAAGAAACUGAAGGAUUCAGUCCAAAUCAUGGAGAAGAUCCUCUACUCACAGAGGGGACUAAAAAGAGAAAACAAGAAGAAAGAAGAUAUCUAUGUAGUAAAUGUGAUUACGCUGCAACUAGAGCAAGUAAUCUUAGAAUACAUUUCGAGAGUAUACAUGAAGGAGUGAGAUAUCCUUGUGAUAAUUGUGAUUACACUGCAACUCAAUCAAGUUCUCUUACAAUACAUAUUAAGAGUAAACAUGAAGGUGUCAGAUAUCCCUGUGAUAAAUGUGACUACAAAGCUAAAACUGCAAAUGAUCUAAGAAUACAUUGUAAGAGUAAACAUGAAGGAGUAAGGUAUUCCUGUGAUAAAUGUGAGUUCACUGCUACAGCACUUAGCACCAUUAAAACCCAUAAUAAGAGCAAACAUGAAGGAGUGACACAUCCUUGCAAUAAAUGUGAGUACGUUUCAAUGACAGCAAGUAAUCUUAAAACUCAUAUCAAAAUCAAACAUGAAGGAGUCAGUUAUCCGUGCGAUAAAUGUGAAUUUUUUGCAACUAGAGUAGGUGUUCUGAAAAGACAUAAAAAGAAUUUACAUGGAGAAGUCAGAUAUCACUGUAAUAUAUGUGAGUACGCUGCAACUUCCACCGGUGAUCUUAAAAAACAUGCUGAGAGGAAUCAUGAAGGGUAUCGAUAUAGUUGUGAUAAAUGUGACUACGUUGCAACAAGAUUAAGUGGUCUUAAAAGACAUAUUAAGAGUUUACAUUUAGGAGUGAGAUAUCCCUGUAAUAAAUGUGAGUACACUGCAUCUACGACAGGUUGUCUUAGGAUACAUAUUGAGAGUAAACACGAAGGAGCUAGAUAUCUUUGUGAUAAAUGUGAGUAUUAUUCAAGUACAGCAAAUGGUCUUAAAAGACAUAUUGAGAGUAAGCAUGACGGAGUUAGAUAUCCAUGUGACAAAUGUGAGUAUGCUGCAACUUGCACAAGUGACCUCAAAACUCAUAUUGAAAGUAAACAUUUAGGAGUAAGGUAUCCUUGUGAUAAGUGUGAGUACGCUGCAACUCAAUUAUCUGCCCUUAGAAUACAUAUUAGGGCUAAACAUGAAGGUGUAAGAUAUUAUUGUGAUAAAUGUGAAUACACUGCUGUAGCAUCCAGUAGUAUUAAAUCUCAUAUUGAGAGCAAGCAUGAAGGAGUAACUUAUCCUUGUGAUAAGUGUGAGUACACUGGAACUAGACCGCAAGAUGUUAAAAGACAUAAAAAAAGGAAACAUGAUCUUUUAAUUAUUUCUUCAAGUUGAAGUAAAUUAUGCUAACCAGACCUAGAAACUAAACAAUCUAAGUAACCUUAAAGGUAUUUAAAUCUUAAGUGUUUCUUGCUUUCAGAACGUUUUUUAAAACGUUCAUGAACUGAAAGUUUAAAAUUGGAUACCUAUAAUUCUGAUUGAUUAAUCUGAAUAUCCUAUGUGGACACUUUUAAUUUCCUUGACCAAUAAGAGUUCUCUAAUUAAAUAGCGCGCGCAUGUUGAUACAAACUUAAUAUUAUUUAUCUUGAAAUAAAAAAAGAAGAUCAAGCAUUGAUCUUGAUAUCCACAAUUCUUAAGUUUUCAGUGCUGUUCAAUUAUUUAUAUAUUAAUAAAUAACUUUCAUUUGUUUACUUUCCAAUCGGUAGGCAGACCGCAUUUUAGAAAUUGGAGAACCAGGAUUGUUGUAAGAUUAAGUUGUAAAAAAAGGCGUAAACAAGAACAAAUAAAGUGUGGCAUAACUUUAAA